UGCUCAGACUGUGCAGAUUAUACUUUGCAAAGCUAGAUGAUAACUUCUACAAUGACGUGCAUUAACUAUAACUGAAAACUGGUUGGUCAGUAUGGAAGAUUCGGUACCUCAACCAAAGAAAACAACCAAGAGAGGAUUUUCAGCCCCAGUGAAGACUACUCCAACUUCAGAACCAUCAAAGAAAUCUAAAAAGAAUGUUAAGGAAGAAGUAUUGAAGAAUACCAAACAUGAAAGUGCCGAGAUAAAAAUAUCUCAAGAUACUGUGGACAUCAAGUGUCAGGAAAAGGAAAAUCGAGAAAUUUCAAGUAGCAUAAAUGUUACCAAGAAAAGAAAAUCUGAUGAACCUACAGAGAAGAAAAGCAAAAAGAAGUCUAUGUCAAUAGGUUUGAAAGCCAGUGAACAGAAAGGACAGAGAAAGGAGACAAAUCUCAGAAAUGAUGAACAAGACUGUGAAAUAAAGGUCAAGGAUGGGGUAAAAUCUUCCUCAGUAGAAACAAGGGUAGAUGAAGAUGAAACGAAACUGUCUGCACCUUCAGUACAGAUAGAUGAAGAAGAGAUUAGGUCUGCAGAAACAGAACAUUCAUUAAAUGAUAUAUGGACUGAAGAAUCCAAAUCAGCUAGUAAAUCCAAUACAGUUAAGAGGCCACCACUUCCUGUUCGUUCCCUAGGUGAUGAGGAGUAUGAGGAAAUCUUCAGAAAUGCCAUCAACAGAGUGAUGAACACAACCCUGGAGGAUCUGAUGGCCUCUUCCAAAAGAUCAAGGUGUAGCAUUGAAUCAACCCUACCUUCUCACAAGGAUAAGACAGUUAACAUGCAGAAAACAGAACCUAAUAAAGACAAACAUCAUGUUAUAAAAAAGAGGCCAGAAUUCAAGUCAGGAGACAGUGCUAAAGCAGUAAAAGACCAGGAUGUCAAGUUCACUUUGAGUAAACAGAUGAUUUCUCCAGUACUAAGCCCCUCUGCUGAUGUGUCAGAGGAUAAGAGAAGCUGUAUAGAGGAAGACAAGGAGAACAGACCAAAACAAGCCAAAAAGAACAAUGUGCUAGAAAAUAAGACCCCAAAAUCGUCACAGAAAAACAAAAGUUUAGAGAAAACCAAGGAGAAGAAAGUUAAAUCUGCAUUGAAAGUUAAAGUCAGAUCCCCUGACUUACCUCUACAGAGGCCUUUAUUGUGUAAAACCUCGCAGUCUUCAACUGUUCAGAACAAAAAAGAGCAGAGUUGCAAGAGUUCUAAACAGGGGAGACCACUCGAAGCUAAAAUCCCUGUAGCAGAAAAGAAACCAGAAGUUAAAGUAGAUCGUAAACAGAGAAUGAUGGAACGAGAUGUCCUUCAGUAUGGAACCUGGGUACAAUGUUGUAACAAAUCUUGCAAGAAGUGGAGGUACCUGUCAGAUGUCAAAGAUCCAUCAGAGCUGCCUGAAGACUGGUUCUGUAGCAUGAAUAAAGAUGAGGAUUACAACAAGUGUGAUAAAGCAGAGCAGGAAUACAAUGAAGAGGAACACAUCUAUACCACCUUCUCAGAGGGCACUGUGGUUUGGGCCAAAAUGGCAGGAUUCCCAUGGUGGCCAGCAAUGAUUGAAAUGGAUCCUGACAGUGAAUAUUAUUUUGAACUGGAGAACCCAGAGAGCAUGUUUCCAAGCCACUAUCACGUGGUGUUCUUUGAUGAACGAGUAUCAAGAGCCUGGCUGAGAACAUCCUGUAUCCUGCCAUUCAUAGGAAAAGAAAAUCUGAAUUGCUUACUGCUAUCUAAAAAAAGCAAAAUUCCAAGCUACAAAGCAGAGAUUGCGGCAGCCAAAGCCAAGGCUAGUCAAGCUCUACUAUUAGACAUUCAGGAAAGAGUGAAAACAUACAGUUUCUGUAAGAGAUAUAAAGGGAAAUGGAGGAAAGAGGACCACACUUCACAAGGCCAUGUACCAGAGAAGAAAUCCUUGAAGGGUAAACACAAGAAGAAAUCUAAGGGUGUAUCUAAGGAGAGUCAAGUGGAGGUGGUCGAUGAUACAACAGUGGAGGAGUUACUUAAUGACCCGAGUUCUCUCCUCAGUAGUCUAGAUGAUGUGUUAGACAGCCUGGAGAGUUUUACUGAUGACUCAGACAUUGUGUUGUCAGAUGAGGAGGAAAUGGAGAAUGUUAAAUGUGAGGACGAGAACAGCGAAAACAAUCCAGGAGUUCACAGGGAAAGGAUGAGUAGAUCAAGGAGAUCCAGUCAUAACACAGCUGUCAGAGGUGAGGAGGUAAAGAUGGAGAACCCUAACCACAGUGAUAAUGACCAUCAGACAGAGCAUCAGCACGAACAACAGGGGACUGACAAUCACACGGAUAGGGAGGAGACAUCCCAACACAGUGUAUGUUCAUCAUCCCAUGUACCACUGAAACUGGACCUAGAUGUAGGGAGUCCUGAGGCCAGUGAUGAAGAAAGCCAAUCAGAGUCCCUAAACAGUCAGCCAGACAAUGAGACUCCCUCUAAAGACUAUGUACAUACUGAGACCCACAGGCAACUCAAACUGGACCCUGAUGUGUUCACCAUGGACAUGGAUUCUGAUGAGCAGAGCCCAGGGGAGGAGACAAGGCUGGCACAGAUAUCUGUUAAACCUGCUCCACAGAGCAAAAAAUUACCAAAGAAAAAGAAGUUCAGUCCUGUUCAAAAGGUAGCUAAUAAAACUGCUGACCAAGAAGAAUCCAAAGAAUUGAAAGAUAUACCUGACCAGUUUGCAGAGGAUCAUACAGACCAGUCAACUGAGCCAAGGAAGAAGGACGAAGACAUAAAGCAGGAAGAGGAGGAAGAGUAUGUUUUGUCUGGUCAGAGGGACCCCCAGGAGCAGGCCGUGCCCAGCACUGAGGCAGACUUCACACAGUCGGAGGAUCUGGGACAGGACCUGAGCCUUGAUUUUGAGACAGUCCCUAAACCUCAGUCAGCCAUAUCUGUAUCCAUGGUAAUUCCAGGAGCAGUGGGUGUAAACCAAUCAGAUGAAGACUCUGAUCCUUUUGAAUUGAUAGAGGAAUAAAAUGUUUUAAAUGCCUAUAGUUCUUAAGGUAUUGUUGAUAUAGAAGGUGCUGCUGAUGUUCUUUGUUUCUGUUCUGUUGUUAUUGUUUUACAGAAAAAAAGUUCUCAUAUUUACUGGAACUGGUCUGAAGCAAAUAUCUGUGAUACUAUGUUAAAUGUUUAUUUUAUUGUUAAGGUUUAAUUGUUGGAGAAUAAAUUUACUGCAGUU